CAGCGCGUCAUGUUUACCAACCACUGUACACAACAUGAAAAUGAAGAAGAGCACCAACGAAGAACGUACUCUAACGUCGCUUGAAUUACUUUCGUCAGCACCAUGCCGAAGAGGAAAGUAACAUUUGAGGACGGGAACGGGGAGUUCGACCUGGAUGACGACCUCCCAAACAAAAAGAGCUUCGAGGCUGUGAGUGGACCAGGCUCCAGGUUUAAAGGCAAGCACUCCUUGGAUAGUGACGAAGAAGAUGAAGGGGAUGACACAAAGAGCAGCAAAUAUGAUAUCCUUGCUAGUGAUGAUGUGGAAGGCCAAGAGGGAGCGACAAUCGACUUUGACGAGGGAGUUUCUAUUACACCGUUCAAUCUGGAGGAGGAAAUGCAGGAGGGACACUUUGAUUCAGAGGGAAACUACUUCAUCAAAAAAGAAGAACAAAUAAGAGACAACUGGCUCGACAACAUAGAUUGGGUGAGAGUAAAAGAACAGCCUUUCAAACGAAAGAAGAAAGGCCUUGGAGCCAAACGGACCCGCAGAGCUGGUGAUGAAGAUGAGGCUGAGGAGGAGAAACAGAGAGAAGAGCAGCAGGCAGACUCAGGAGAUGAAGAGGAGGAAGAGGAGGAGAAAGAGCCUCCAGUGGACCCGCUGGCAUCGUACACCCAGCACCAGCUCACUGAAGCUAUGAUAGAACUGAUGCAACCUGGGGAGACAGUCGCAGCAGCUCUCCGUCGACUUGGAGGCCUUAAAGGACGGAAGAAGGGGAAGCUGAGGGAGGAGAGCGAACCCACAGAGGAGACGAAGAGGGACACAGAGAAGCUCGACAGGCUCACAGCUCUAGCUGACAGAUUGGUCGGGUCUGGGAUGUUUGAGAUCUAUCAGCAGACUUAUGAAAAACUGGUUUAUUUGAUGAAGAGCAUGAGUAGCAAGCGGCCAGCUGUGGGGCACAAAGAAGGUGGAGAUGAUGACGAUGAAGACGGUGACGAACUUGACAUGUUUGCAGAUAAAUUUGAUGAAGCACACAGUGGAAAGUCAGACAAAAAGCAGGAGGAAGAAGAAAAUAGAGUGAGUGAUGAGGUGAUGUGGGAGUACAGAUGGGAAAAUGAGGACAAUUCAGAAGUUUAUGGCCCCUUCACAAGUCAACAGAUGCAGGAUUGGGUGGAUCAAGGCUAUUUUAGCAGUGGUGUUUACUGCAGGAGGAAGGACCAGGAGGGAGCUCAGUUCUACAGCUCCAAGAGACUAGACUUUGACCUCUACACAUGACUCAUGUCAAGCAUCAAACGAAUCACAACUUACACUCUCAGCAAUAAAGUUUUGACCUUUUAUCUCUCCAUCCAGGGCUGUCAAAGGGUGUUGGAUGUUUAGUUUUAACUGGAGCUUUGUUUUCUGUACAUUGCUUUUAAAUAAAAAAGAACUCAUUUA